GAGGGGGCUCUGGGGGCUCACAGCCUGAGGGAGCAAUGAGGGCCAUUUCACUUCCAGCCCCUUAAUGCCUGCAGAAAUGUUCUUCCCACAGACUUCUCUCACUGGAUCCUUCCUUACAGCAGAUGGGGGUGCUCCAGAACCUCACCCUGGAGAGAAGAAAGAUCCUGAGAAACCUCCAAAGCCAACUGACCUUGCUGCUGUUAGUCAGGAGAAUGUUACUCCUGAAGCAGCUGCAGGAAAAACAUCUCGUGGGAGCCCAAGCCCUGUAAAAAGCCAAAACAUCAGCAGUUCUCAAACCAAACGUCGCUCUUGGCGUCGGUCAAGCCUGAAGGGGACGAAACGCCGGAAAUCUCUGCCUCCUUUUCAUGAGGAUGUUACUGCGUUGAGCCAAGCUAUCAGCCUGGACCUGCCAGAAACAGAUCGCCUUUCUAUGCUGCUCUUAUCCAGCUUCCAGUUCUCUGCACAGAAACUCGAGCACAUCUUGGAGCAGACAGAGGGCUUCAGUCCCGAGGCCUUCAAAGCCAACGUGAGCUCAGUUUCAGAAGACCUGAAGAGAUACAUAGAGAAACUGAAGCUGGAUGGAACCCUGCAGAGCUGCGUUGAGAAAGCUGAAGGGGAUUCGUCAGACUCUGUUUCAGAUGAAUCAGUGUGCAAAGCAAAGGAGUGCAUUGCCAGGUUUUCAGCUGAAUGCCAGGCGUGGGAUGAGCUCCUGCAACGCUACCAGAAGGAUGCAGAGAAAACAUCCAGGCAGCUGGAGGAGUGCAGGAGCAGACAGGGCCGGGAAGAUCCUCCCGAUUACCUGCAGACAUCGCAGGCCGAGGUGCUCAGCACCAAACCCAAUUACCAGAGGAUCCUGGAUGAGCAGGGAGAGGUGCUGAGCUGCAUGGAGCUGGUGCUCGAUGAACUGCAGCAGGCGGCCAAACUGCUGCAGGCGUUCAGUGAGGACAGCAGGCAGUACCUGCGGGGGCUGUCUGAGCAGCUGGGUGAGCUCAGGGCCCCUCCCCAGAGUGUCCCCAUGGGGGGGGACACUGUGUCCCUUUGUGGGUGACAUCGUGUCCCCAUG